CGUUUUGUUCAAUUGAUGGGCCUUGCAAUUGAUUACUACAGCGCGGUAGGUGAGCGAGAGAGUGUUAUUAAACUAAAUCAAUCCACGGAGUCUUCGUCCUCCUCAUCUCACCCACGGUUUUGGAUUAAUCUGCAGCUUUUAACAGCCAUGGGAUCCCUCAAGGAGGAGGCGCCGGAGAUGACGCCGGAGGAGGACGAGGUGGCCUGCAUGCUGGCCAUGACUCUCGGCAGCGCGUCCAUCCCGCCCAUGACGCUCAGGGCCGCCGUCGAGCUCGGGCUCCUGGAGAUCCUGGUUAAAGCCGGGUACGGCGCGAAGCUGAGCCCGGCUGAGAUCGUCGCGCAGCUGCCGACCCAGAACCCCCAAGCCCCCGCCAUGGUGGACCGCAUCCUCCGCCUCCUUUCCGCCUACGACGUCGUCGCGUGUGCCGUCGAGACCGGCGCUGACGGCCGAGUGGGCCGGAAGUACGGCGCCGCGCCGGCGUGCAAGUACCUGACCAAGAACGAGGACGGCGUGUCCAUGGCCGCGCUGGUGUUGAUGAACCAGGACAAGGUCCUGAUGGAGAGCUGGUACCACAUGACGGAGGCGGUGCUCGACGGCGGCAUCCCCUUCAACAAGGCCUACGGCAUGACGGCGUUCGAGUACCACGGCACCGACCCGCGGUUCAACUCGGUGUUCAACGAGGGCAUGAAGAACCACUCCAUCAUCUUCACCAAGAAGCUGCUCGAGAACUACCGCGGCUUCGACGACAUCCAGGUGCUCGUCGACGUCGGCGGAGGCGUCGGUGGCACCCUCUCCAUGAUCACCGCCAAGUACCCUCGCAUCAAGGGCAUCAACUUCGACCUCCCCCACGUCAUCUCCGAAGCUCCAGCUUUUCCAGGAGUUGAGCAUGUUGGCGGAGACAUGUUUGUGAGUGUCCCAAAUGGCGAUGCGAUAUUUAUGAAGUGGAUUCUUCACGACUGGAGCGACGAGCACUGUGCGAAGAUACUGGAGAACUGUUGGAAGGCGCUGCCGGAGAAGGGGAAGGUGAUGCUGUUCGAGUGCAUAAUUCCGGCGGUGCCGGAGGUGAAUCUACGGGCGCAGGGAGUGUUGCACAUGGAUCUGGUGAUGCUGGCUCACAACCCGGGAGGGAAGGAGAGGACCAAGGAGGAGUUCGAGGCCUUGGCGACUCAAGCAGGGUUCCAAGGAUUCAAGUCCACGUAUAUCUACGCCAAUACGUAUAUCAUAGAAUUCACCAAGUAGACUUUGUUUGUACGAGUCAUGCAGUUUGAUGCGAUUGUAUCUGCUAUUACAGUUUGUUAUUAGAUCAUCUAUUAAUGCAAUAUUUCUUUCUCGUGAUAUAAAA